AUGCCGUACAGGAAGGCCCUAUCAGACCCACGUGGGGCCAGAAAAGACACGAGGCACACUAAUCAAACGACAGGUCUGAAGACAAUGAUGGAACUUCAGAGUCCAGGCGCAGACAAGGUGAUGGUACGAAACAACGUAGACAUGCCGUUACAAGAAGGACCUAUCAGACCCACGUGGGCCAGGGAAAGAACCGAUGACCCAACUAAGAGCAGCGACAGGUCAGGUCGCGGCCGUAAGAGUGAGAGAAGUCCACCACCAGGUGACGUUGACGCGCCCGACCGCAAGUCCACCUCCCCCAGGCAGGUGCACCCGGCCGACCUGGUGGUGGUGUCAGCAGUACCGUACGCCAGACGGAGUCUUGACGACCGCAGCAGCAGCGGUGGUGGUGGUGGUGGGGGUCGUCUUGGCGCCUCACAGUGCAAGUCACCUCCUCCUCCUACUCUUCCUCCUCACCCUCCUGCCUCCUCCUCCUCCUCCUCGUCGUCAUCGUCGUCGUCUUCCCCCUCCCCCACAACCAUCAUCACCACCUCCGCCUACCCCACCGCCCCCAACCUGUGUGUUACCGCAGGCAAGAUUGAGUUUAUUACACCCCCAGACUCGACGUUGUCGUCGAGGGCAUCCCGGUGUUCAACACUGAAGCUUUCACCAUGCACACAACACCGUCAAGACCAGUGCCCGCCCACCACAACUCCCUCCUCCCAACACCCUCUCCAUCGGAACCAUACCUCGCCUCCCUCCCCCCAAGACACACUACGCAAAGAAGCUGGCACAUCCCCAUCCACAUUCUCCCGUAGCUCAGCCUCUUCCACCACCUCAAAGGACCACACCUGCCUCAAGAUUUUCUCAGUAGAGGUUGAUGAAGAUGAGGAAAGACAGCCUUUAAGGAACAACUCUCAGGGGGCCACAAGUCCUUGCAGGAACAAGCAACAAGAGCUUGAGAACGGUUCACAUGCACCCAUCAGCCACCAGAAGAAUAACGGUGGUGCCAUGGAUUCUGGCCAGGGAGGCUCUGAUGGGCACCAAGUGGAAAUUUUACGUCAAGAAAAUGAAGAGGUGAAACAGAGACUGGCAAAUCUUCAGCAUGAGUUUUCUUUGCUUGAGGAUCAGGUUCAGAUGCUGGUGGCAGAGCGUCGAAUGGUGGAAGAGCAACAGAGAGUUGAAAAAGAGGCCCAGGAACAAGCAUACAUCAGUAAGCUGCAGCAGUAUCAAGCAACUAUUGCUGCACUUGACCAUUGCAACACAACUUUAGCAGAGGACCCACCGAUUCCACAGACCAAGGUUGAAGGGUGCCAACCCCAGGAGGCCUAUAUUAGUAAUGACUCUGUUGUGCAGAUGUUGGCUGAGCGGUGUCACACCUUGGAGCAAGCCAACAAAAAGCUACAGAACGAAGCUCGUGCUCAGCAGCGACAGUAUGAAGUUUGCCUUGAUCGCGUAGCUACUCAAGUUGUUCAGGCACUCCUCUCCCAAAAGAGUCAUCAAGAGCAAUGUAUCAAGUUAGCCCACCAGGUGAAGGACUUAAGGAGACAGAAUGCUGCCCUGUCUUCUCUGGUGGGGCCAGUUGGGAUGCGACAAACUCUGCCUUGUUCUCAUCGUCAUCGUUGCCCACCACCCCCACCAGCACAUCAAACAAAUUUUUUUAGUUUACCAACUUCACUCACAAAAAACAGACAGCACAACGAAACCUGGCCAUCAGAGGGAUGGGUAGCAUCAUGGCAUGUAGAAGAGAGCAGCAGAAGUCACUUGGGUGACCACACCUCUUCCCAAAGUAAUUUUCACUCCAGCCUGCAGAUGUUAUCAGACACCAGUAUCCCAACUACACUUUCAUUGACAGAUCACAACACCACCAGAUCAAGUAGUGUUCGAUUAGGAGAAGAUUGUUGUACCCCUCAGGAAAGACUAGCAUCCACAACCACAACAAUCACCACAGCAAAUUCAACCACAACUACUUGCUGGUAUGAUAUAAUCACUUCACUUAGCGCAGCCAAUUCUCCUCAGGGCACAGGAGUUAUAAGUAACCAAGAUUCAGCAUUAAAUCCAAGAAUAUGUGACGGCAUAAAUGUUUGGGGUCAUUCAGGCCAAAUAAUGUGUGAAACAGAAAGAGUAAGCUCUACUAGUAGCAGCAGUUCAGAAUCUCCAGUUGAAUCCUCAUUCCAUUCACAUGCAGUUAACUUCUCAAAACAGACAGGAGGUAGUGUCGCUUCUGAUGGGUGUGAGAGAUCAGGUGAAGUAAGGGGGUGUAUGUCUUUUCCUCCAGACAGUGAUUCUGCUACCAGCAAGUUUUCACCACUAUCUUUGGAAUCAACAUCUACCAGCAUUAGUAAUUCUCCUGAGCAGAAAAACUGUCAAGUUUUUCAAACAAAAAUUGAUAACCUUGCCUUUGAUAAAUCAAAGAUAAAAGUUGUCCAUGAAGAGGACUUAAUAAGCAAAUCUUCAAGUGAAAAACAUACAAAUUUAGUGAAUAGUGUAAGUUCAGAUGAAAUUUGUAGUAUACGUCAAGUAAAGGAAAAAUUGAUGAGAUCUUUAACAGAACCUACCAAUAGUGACUUCACCAUUGAUUUAUCAGUAUUAUCAUGUGAUGAUAAACACAAAGGGGUAUUGAAUAAGAACAUCAACAAAAUUGGGAUAAAGAAUGUGGGCAAUGAGAACAAUAUGGGUGAGGAAAGUGUAGAAGGAGCCACCAAGGAUGAAGGCUACUCAACAAUGUCCAGUGAUGUGCAGGCAGAUGUCAAAGAUAGUAUUACUACUUGCACUGUUACCACUGUACAAGAGGAGCCUCUUGUGCCCACUCCAAUUGAAUGCCCAGAGCAAGACUUAGCAAAUACUGUGGCAGUGAGUCUUUCCAGGAAAGGUUCCAAUAAGAGUGAUAAUAAUUCCCUAGAAAGAAAUUUAGUUAAAGAAAAGAAAAUGCCUUCAGCUGCUAAUUCUGAGUAUUGUGAUGGGCUACGUAUUAUAUAUGAUGAAGAGGACAACAAUUCGGAUGUAUUUUUUGUACCCAUUCAAGAACCAGAAAAUGAAAAUUUGUAUAGACAUAGUUAUCAUGUAACAUCUAGUGUACAGAGACAUAAACCAGUUCGUUGUUAUUCUGAUUCUCAGUUAUAUUUUGAAAAAAGUGUUCACAAUCCCAAACCUAUUACUAGCCUAGAAAGACACGUUUCUGAAAAAGAUCUUGCAGACAGGUCUGCUUCAAUAGAAGAGGUUUUAGAAGAAGCUAAUAAAACUAGGAGUUUAAAGCGGUCAUCAGGACAUGCCAGUCUCAAAAGAAGUCGCAUGUAUGCAAAAGAAGAGCACACUACCUCGGAUAGUAGUGAAGAAUUGUGGCCUUUAGAAGAAAACCAGAGAAAGUAUCUCUCUCCAACAUACAGUCAUGCAGAGCUUGAAGAUUGGUCAUUAGAUUUAUCUUCCGAGUACCUGAGUGGGGCGUGUGGGGAGGGUGAAGGAAGUGAGAGUGCGGGAACUUGUGGUGCCCAUCAUGGCUCUCUGCCGUCCAUUCAGGAGGCUACCCCAGAGUUAGAAGAAGACAAUAAUGAGUUCCUCUGGAAUGGUGCUACCUAUUUUAAAGCAGAUUUAGAUUUAAAUUGGUCAAGCAAAAAGGAGCUGACUAAAAGUUGGCAAUUAGAUCAUUCUAAAGACAAUCAUAUUGUUUUGUCUCCCAGAUCAGGUUGCUCUGAUCAGCCUGCUGUUUGGUCAAGUAGUGAACAACUUUCAUGCUGUUCCGAAGGUAUUUCAAAGUGCAGUUCUGACUUUGAAAACUUUUGUGAACAAAUUUGUAAUCUACCAGAGCUUAAGAGGGUAUCAUUUUGUAGUAGUGAGGCAGGUGGUCAAGAAGCAUCAAAGGCAGCCAGCCAGGAGACAUCCAGUGUGGGAGAGCAUGAAGAAGAGCUUGCCGAUGAUGUGUGUGUUGAUACUGUUUUUACUAGAGAUUUCUACCGCCUUGUUAAGUUUGAAAGUAAUAAGAGUCUAGCAGCAUCGUCCAAGAGCUUAGCUACAUCAGAUGGAUUAUUAACUAUUGAAAAAUUGCAAGAUUUAGAAUCUGGAGGAACACACAAAGAAGCUUUAGCAUCUGUUCUAGGUUUCAUUGCAGAGCAGCAGAAGUACUGUAAAGAAAGAGAAGCACAAGAUGAAAAAGUUACAGGUCGUUCUAGAGAUAUACUAAAAUUAGCAACCACGAUUGAAAACUCAGGUUCUCCAUUAGCUUCAGUUCUGUUUCGAGGAACAUUUCCUAAAAUAUCACCAAGAGAAGCUCCUAAUGAUACAUGUAGUAAUAGUGCAGAUGAUUUUUCAAUGCGAACAUUGCCAUCUCUGCAGUGGAAACCUACUAAUGGAGGCUCAUCCAAGACCAAAGUUCCCCCUCCUGUCCCUGCAAAACCAAAAUCUUGUCUUCAGCAUGAAUUAGCGAUAGGUGCUCCAAGCAGUAAUUUUAUUCCUGCCAGAUGUCCCCCUACUGCUUCACCCUCUUCCCUCCCAGUUGUGCCACCUUCUACCCUUCCAGUCUUGCCGGCCACUUCCCAACCAGUGCCCUUCGUGCCUUCCCGGUCAUCUAGUUUGGCCCCUCAGGUUAUACCUGCUUGUGAAGUGGAAUUACCACUCUCGCAUAUCUCUAAGGUGCCCAUCAGGAGUGCCUCACACCUUCCUGGUACAAAUUCCAUUACUGAGAAAGAAAUAUAUAGUACACCGUCAGAUGGACCCUGUCAUCAGUCUCCCGUACCUGACCGAAAUUGUAGUAUUGUACCUAUGCAGCCAACAGUAGAUGGUCCGCCAGUGCCCCGCCGUUCAACUAGUAUGGCCUUUCCUUGUAAUGUUUUACCAGUUCCCGAACAUAAGGUGUCUUUAACAGAGUCUCCGCCAGUACCCAAGCGUAUAACAAGUCGAGCCCUUCCCAAGCCUCCAUCAGCUCGUGCAAAUCAUUUAUUGGUGCAGCUGAACUCCAACGGCUCUAGUAAACCUCUUGGAGGCAGCUUGGAGGGAAAGCGCCGUAGUUUCAUUAAAGAAACGUUAGGAUUAUCUAGUCCCAAGAGACCGCAAAGUGACUAUUGUGAAUUGCCUAGUUUAAGUGAGAAUCCUGCUGGGAUGUUAGAAGAGCUGCAGAGAAUGGCAAAGGUAGAAGAGGAGGAGGAGAAAAGAAGAAGAUUAAAACCUGGAGGCACUACUGGAGCAGAAGUCACCAGUCCUGGAGACACUGUUGGGUUAGGCACUGGCUGGGUCAGGGUUCAACCACAUGUAGAUCUUCAGGAUCCACAGGCUCGUGCUAAUCUGCUGGAUGGAAUGAUGGAGUCAAGUGAGGGUUGCAGCUCAGAGACAGAAGAUGACGAGGUAGCAGAUCAUCAUUACUCCCAACUCAGGUCUAUGCACCGUAGUAGACGAAAACGCAAAGUAUCACAUCGUAGUGGUGGUGGUGGCCGAAUAAUUAUUGGAAGUGGAGCCCCUCGUCCCACUGUCAUUGGCCGAAAAGACUUGUUUGUAAGAUAUGGAGAGCAAGAGAAGGCAGCUCUGCAAGAAUUUGAAUUUCUUUGUGACUUUUCCACUUCCCAUUCAGAUCUGGGCUCACAGGACCUCACUGCUUCUUCAGGCAGAGUAAAUAAAUCAAUCAUUACCACUAGCACUUCUGUGCUGUUACACACAGAUACCUCAGCAUUUCCUUACAUGAGUAGGAGUGUUGGUGCUGUUUUGCCUAAAGUAGAAAGUAAUAUAUUUAAAAAAAGCAUAAGUAACUUUGAAGAGAAAACAGAAGUAACUUGGAAGAGAAAAUACAGAACUGGGAAAAGUGAUGUUAGUGAAUGUAAUCGUGGUUGUCAAGGUCUGGCCGAUGAACAGGAGGGUGUGGAUACUCGCAGUAUUGGUAGUGUCAAGAGUGCUAUACGGCAGCUCAACAAGGUGAAUAAUAUCUCAGGAAUCAAACAACCUGCCACUAUGCCUAAUCCAGCUAGGAGUGCUUCCAGUACAAGCAGUACCAGAGCUAAUCACUAUAAGUAGUUCCCAGUCAGUACAAACAAAACUAGGGCAUGGACCCCUACUAAGAGUAAAGUGAGUGACAGAAAACAUCAUUGGAGCCUCAAAGUGUGUGUUACAGGGAACUCGCCAUCCAGUAGAACACCUUCUCCUCAGUUAGGGGUAAAAGAUAAAGGUAUUAGUAAUAAGUCCUCCAGUGGAUCACAUAGUUCUGUUGAGAGAGCACUGAGCAGUAACACAAAAACAGCCCCCAACGCGUAUCCCUCGAUCCAAACAUCUCUCAUGUCUUCCAAAAAAGCAGCUGAAUCUUCUACAUUGCAAGAGGAUACGUCUAAAGAUUUUUGCUGUGAAUCUACAAAAAAAUUUAAAACUCAGUGUGAAAAAUCAUUGCCACCUAAAGGCUUUUCAAGCCGAGCAGUUAAGCCUUCUCCUCGUAUACGCUCAUCUCUUCAACAGCGACAACAGCAGCAACAAAACCUUCAACAACAGUCUAACAAGAGUGGUAUUGAAGUUCCUAGAUUAGCGAGGUUAAAGAAAGCUGACCCAUUAGAAUCCUUUACUGGCAAGUCUCUGUGUGACAGUGGGUCAAGUGAAGGCUCUGAACGUUGUGGGGGAAGGCUUUCCCUCAGUGACUCUUGUGCUGAAAACUUCUCACCUAUUGAUAGUGGCGAUGAAGUUUUUUAUAAAGACUGUUAGCCAGCUUAUUAGUUUAUGAUCAUGAAGACUUGAUAUGUGAUGCCAUUGUGCUCUGCCAGAUAUGGUGCUUCAUGGGAUUUAAUGUAAGGGAGCACAGAUUCUUUUAUUUUUUACUUUUUUUUUUUGUUUGCACUGUGCAUGAUUGCCAUUAUGAAAUUUUGUAUUAGUUUAAGUAGCUGUGGGGUUAUUUAUUUCUUUAAUUUAUUUUAUUUUAUUCAAAGGUCCAUGGAUAAGCACAUUCCGACUUAUUGUGACCAUGACAAUAUUUCCAUAUUAUGUGAAUAUAUUUCAAAAAUAAAAAUUUUCAGUUUCUAAUAAUUAAAGCUGUUGUCUUCCACUGUAUUCUCAUACUAACAUGCUUAUGCUUCCCUAGGCUCACAUGAUGUGGAAGAUUUGCCAAAAGCAGUAUAGAUAAAGGUGGCUUUUUUCUGAUUAUUUUGAU